CUUUUCUUUCUCGAUCUGUCCGGCAUGGUGAUCGUAGGAUCACCAUAGUACUGGAUCAUACUUACCGCCGGCAUAGUUUUUAGGUAAAGUACUCAAACCUCCUCACCCGGCAAAUGCCGUCGUUACAAGAUAUGCUCUUUGAAGUUUAUUGUCGCGAUAUAUGUGAUUACAUAUUAUUUAUAAAUGUUAAUUACUUAUUAAUAAUAUUAAUAAUGUGAAAUUAAACAAAUCUUAAAAAGUCUAGCUCUUUUUAAAAUAGCGACGAAUGUUUUCACAGAAGAAAAUGAAUCGCAAGUGGAGUGCAGCAAAUAAAAAAUAGUAGUUCGGCAAAAGUGCUUCAUUUAAAUCAAUUAUUCAGGUUGAUGAUUUAUGAUGGCCACCAAUCAAAUACAAAUACGCAAUCGCGUCAUGUGUCUCUCGAUUAGAACCGCAUGAUAUAAACGUUUCAGUCCGUCAAGAACGAUGUACACGAAUAGUGGGCCCUCAAGAGCACGAUAGUAUAUAUAAUAUAUAUAAGAAAUAAUUAUCACACACAGUUUUUAAUUGAACGCAGUAUUUAAUCAAACAAGAGAUAUAGAAAAUAUAUAUAAUCUGGUAAAAUUUGGCGCAUGAAUAGUGACAAAAUUAAAGAUUUAUAAUUCAGUAAUUUCCUGUUCGUCUAUAAUUUUCUUCAACAAUAAUUAUAUAUUGCACGUUUCUUUCCAUUUGACUGAUUUUCUAUUAAAUUAUAUUAAGAGGAAUUACAAAGGAAAACUGAUAAUAUUUAUAUUAUUAUUUGAUACAAACAAAUGCAUCCGUUCAAUGUUGUCAUUAGUUUUCAUGAAAAAAGUGAGCAAUUUAUUAACCAAAUGUUUUAUAAUUUGAUGAUAUGCAAAAUGCAUCGUGAUUGGUUAUAAAAAGAAAUUUCGAAAAAUAGCGCUAGAAGAGAUGUCAUGAUUGAUAUACUAAACAAAUUUCAAAAAAUGAUAUAUAUAAGAAACCAUCGAUUCAAUUAACAAUUUUCAUUAUCAAGAAUAUCGAUAGAAUCACUAUUCACAGCUGAGUCGCCAAGGAUUGUGCGGAAACUGAUUAAGAGCAAACAUUCACCAAAAAAAUCAAAUUAUUAUGUCAAAGACGAUAUUAUGUGUUUUACUAAAAGUGUUAACGUUAGCGAGAACGGAUAUCUUGUCAAAGUAUGUGGAUUCAGACAUACAGGAUAUUCCAGAAUUCGAGAACAACGAUUGUCCCUUUUUGCAAAAUCUCACAUAUGACAGGAGUCAUCCUGAUAGCAUGAGUAUGAGAAACAAAGUUGAUGAAAUUCCAUUUGCAAAUAUGUCUGUGAUCCAAGAACAUAAUAAAAAAAACAUUUUGAGCAAACCAACAUGUCCCAGAGCAUUUGUAGAGUUUUAUAAUCGAUUCCUAAAUGAAGAAGACGACAUUUAUGUGACAUUCAGAUGGAACCAACCUGAAUUUACAGACGAAGUAAUACAAGGAUACACAGUGCAGUGUUGGUUCAUCGAGAAUCGAAAAGAGAUUCAAAUCUGCGACAACAAAAAUAUCUCAGCUACAGUAUUGGAGUGCACGGUGCACAAUCUAAAACCUAAUACGACGUACUACUUUCAAGUACGAGCGCAUACUAAAAUUGGUGCUAGUCCUUACACAGAUUUAAUUAAUGUAUCGACUACGCACGAAAAUCCAAUACCGCAGUUAUUGAUAAUAACGCAAAACGGUAUCGAUAUAUGGGAUCUAGAUUCAAAAAUCCACGUUAGUAUCGUUAUGCAUGGCAUAAUGGAUGCCACUUAUUCGAUAGCGGAACAUAAAAUUUAUUGGUGCAACUAUAUGAAAGAGCUAAUGAUAUUGGAGAUGAAUGAAAACAAUAUUAAAAAAAAAAUAGCUAAGAGUAAAUAUCUUCCGAGGCAUCUCUGCAUCGAUUGGGUAGCAAGAAAUCUGUAUUGGACAGAAUUUGACGGAAAUGAAUUUUAUUACAUCAUGAAGCUCGACUUAACAAUGUGGGAAAAUGGCAUAGUCAAAUAUGAUAAGAUUUUGGGAAGCUCAUUAAUUCUUCCUUAUUCUAAUCUACUUAUUUCAGAUUUAACUAUACUACCGUUUACAGGAACUUUAUAUUGGAAAAAUUACACUGAAAAUUAUGAAACUCAGAUGAUGCAAUCGGAUCUUGAUGGGAAAAACGUUCAAAUUUUUCAGAAAAUUGUAUCUAUAUGCCCCUUCACAGCCGAAGUUUCAUCAUAUUCUAUUUUUAUUAUGAAAAUUGACGACAUAAAUACUAAGAAACCGCUAAUAUAUUGGGUGUUGGAUAAAUCGUUGUUUGUGACAGACUUUGACGUUUCUAUGUGUAAUUUGAUUUUACGUUCCGAAAAAUUCGUCUUGACAUCUUUAGCGAUUGACAAGACAAACAUUUAUAUUAAAUGUAUCAAUGAUUAUAUAUAUGUUUUGAAAAAAAAGUAUGCACUUCUCGAGAGCGUAGACGCAUUCAAAUACAUCCAAAAGAUAAGAGCGCCUUUCUGGAUUAAUAAAUUCUAUGCUUUCGGUAAAUCUUUGCAAUCAUAUCCUUCGACGAGAUGUCUAACGCCUGACAAAAAAGUUUACAACGUAGGAAUAUUGAUGGUAACGACAAACAGCAUCAUCGUAAAUCUUCCGGAGCUGGUCCACAAGAGUGGAUGCAAAAACAACUUACCUUCCACUUUAUAUACCAUCAACAUAAGCUAUCGUUUAGACGAUGAGCUUAACAAGUUCGAUAAUUUCAUCGUGCGCACGUACGAGCGAUAUUACGAGAUUCAGAAUUUAACGCUUACAGAGUACAAAUUACUGUUAGUCCGAACAAGCAAUUUUUAUUCUGAUCAAUUAUUGAUGGAGCCAUCAUUCGACUCGGAAGUGAAAGUGAUGAUGAGAACUAAACCGAAAAAAUUAGACGCACCGGAGAAUGUGACAGUUGAGGCUCUGACACCUACUAUAGCGGCAGUUUAUUGGAUGCCGCCUAAGAUGCUGAACAUGCCUGUGAUCUACGAAGUACACUUGGUGUGUGAUACCAAUCUGUUUGAAAAUAAAGUCUUUAUUAUCGAAAAGGCCGAACAUAUAAGAAACGGCAUAUUUUUUAAAAUAAUCGAAGAGUUAACACCAGGACAGAAUUACACGAUAUAUGUACGCAUAUAUCCAGUCAACUUCAGUGAUUAUUAUAAUGACAGUUUGAGCAAAAUCUUGUACAUGUAUUCGGAACCAAAUGAUAUCAUUUUAAGCGAGACUAGCAUAACCAGUAUGAAUAUCUCGUGGAUUCCACCUGUUAAUUUGACGAUUGCUUACGUACUAGAAUACAAAAAUAUUGAGAUCAUACAGGAGUGGCAAAUUGCAAACAGCUUUAAGCUGAAUAAUAGGAUGGAAGUAAUGUACUAUAUAAAAAAAUUAUCUCCGGGAACUCUAUACGAGUUUUGUUUGAGACUGAGAUACCCCAAGUACGAGAAAGAUUUUAUAUGGCCGUCUAAUGGAAGAUUUAUUUUUUCAACACUGCCAAUGAGUGAUAUUAGUUGUGCACCCUUGGAAUCCACCCUUGGAACAUCAUUUUUGCAAUAUUUUUUACCAAUCUUAAGCUCGAUCGCUACAGUUAUUAUAAUUUAUGUCUACUACUUUUACUGUUAUCGACAACGCAAAAAAAGUAACGAGCAAGUUUGGCCUCCGACAAUGACCGACCUCGAAUUAGCGAUUCUACAUGAGAUACCGAACGGUAACGUUCAAUUCAAUACGUUAUACAAUCCUAUGUUGCAAAAUGAAUAUGUACUGACCAAAAUCAAACGUGAGGAAAUCAGACUAGAAAAACUUUUAGGCAGCGGCGCAUUUGGAAUGGUAAAAGCUAAUUUUUUCAAUGUAUUUCGAGGAACAGUAAAGAAUUUAGAAAAACCGGACAUAGAGACACCCGUUGCCAUUAAAAUGCUUCGAAAAAAUGCUUCGUCGCAAGAGAAAAGGGAAUUUUUAGAAGAGGCCAGGCUUAUGAAUCACUUUCGACAUAAACAUGUGCUAAGAUUGCUGGCCGUUUGUUUAGACGAAGAUUCUCCAUUGAUCGUAUUGGAAUUAAUGGAAAUUGGUGAUCUGCUACAUUAUUUGAGAUAUAGUCGAAAAUUACAACCAUCAGAUUCGCACGCUUUGCGUUUGCAAGAUUUGUUCGCCAUGUGCGAAGAUGUUGCGCGAGGAUGUUGUUACCUGGAAAAUCUGCGUUUCGUUCAUAGAGAUCUCGCAUGUCGAAAUUGCUUAGUAUCCGCGAGAGAUCGCGAGAACCGUAUCGUUAAAAUCGGCGAUUUUGGACUAUCUAGAAAUGUUUCCAAAAAUGACUAUUAUCGCAAGAUGGGACAAGGUCUGUUUCCUAUUUGCUGGAUGGCACCUGAAUCUUUGGUGCUCGGAAUAUUUACUUCCCACAGCGACGUUUGGUCAUUCGGGGUUCUAAUGUGGGAAAUUACAUCGUUAGGUGAGCAUCCCUACACUGGCAAGACUAAUUUGGAAGUGAUAGAUUAUGUACGCGGUGGAGGCAGAUUGCCAAUGCCUCUCAAUUGUCCAUCGACUUUGUACGAGUUGAUGCUGCGUUGCUGGAAUCCAGCGAAUGAUAGACCAAACUUCAAACUUUGUCUUGAAAAUAUUAUUGCUCUAAGAAAUAACAUAGAAGAUACCUUACUGAGUAUAGUAGAUAUUAUCUAGCCGAUAAUACUAAAUUAAUGACGUUAUUUUCUAAAUGAUCAAAUGCGAAGUUCUACAUAGGAAAAAUAAUUUUAAAUAUCUAAUAUUCUGCCAUUUUCAAGUUUAAUCUUAAUAUGUUAAAUUUAUAGAUAGAAAGAAGAAAGACAUUUUUUCUUACUUCGCGAAAAAUUUUGAUGGUUAAAAGACACAACACUUGCUUUUAUAACUGUAAAUAAUAUAGCUGACACUAGUACUUUCGAGUAACUGAAACGAAACCUAAUGGAUCUGAUUACUAUAAUUAUCUAUAUGUGAUAUGAUUACUAUAAUUAUCUAUAUGUGAUCUGAUUACUAUUAUUAUCUAUAUUUGAUUACUAUAAUUAUCUAUAAUUAUCUACUAUAUAUAGGUAGAUUGCUACAAUAGUUUUGGCAAUAAUGUGUAUUUUAUAUUAUAUUAGCACUCUGUUUUAUAUUCCUAUGUUUUUUCUUACUUGAAUGUUUAAAUAUAAUAUACAUUUUUAAAAA